AUGCAGAUGCAAAGAAAGGGUUUUGAUGUCAAACAGUUUUCAGUCAAAGACUUUGUUGCUAGCCAGAGAGGUCGAGGACCUCAGCAACAAGGUCUUCUCACGGCUUAUGUCAGCGGAAAAAAUGUCACAAAUGAUGCUUUGUCGCAUUAUGCAAGAGAUGAUGCUUUGUGUCCCUUUUGCUCCUGCGUUGAUGGCAAAGACCAUAGGGUGUUUCAUUGUCAAGGCUUGGUGGACUUGAGAAGAAAACACCAUGAAGUUGUAAAGUGGCUCAAAAAACAGCCUAAAGCCAUUUUGCACUUUGGUCUUUUCCCUGAUGAUAACGAAGCUAUUUGCUUGCGACUGCAAACCUUCAACGGAAGUUUUGGUAAGGUGUUGCCUCUUUUUGACAGCUAUGCCAGAGUUUAUACAGAUGGUUCAUGUUUUUGCAGUACCUCGUGGGAACAUGCAGUUGCUGGAGCUGCAGUGAUUAAAGUGGUCGGGAACUAUGCUUGGGAGCUUGUUGACCGGCAAGUUCUUCCUACCCCUGAUCACAGCCCUUUUCGUGCUGAAAGUUAUGCAGUGUUGCUGGCACUGCAGCAUUUCUGGAACGUUCACAUCUGUUCGGACUGCUCGGCAGUUGUUGAUGAGAUUGUUUGCAUCCUUGAAGCCUGUCAGCGUGGGGACUCCAUUGUUGUUAGGGCGCACUCCGACAUUUGGGAGCCUAUUGCCUGGCACCUUAGUCAGAGAGAUAUAGGAUGUGUCUCAGUCACAAAGGUCAAAGCACAUGUCAGUUGGCAGCAGAUGAAGGAAGGUGAUGAGAGGGUUCAUGCCUUUUUUAAUGAUGCAGCUGACAAGGAGGCGAAGAAAUCUGUAGCAGCCGAUAACUUCGAUGUUUGGCAAAAGUUUGAAAACAUGUUGCUGGGAAGGAAAAAGCAGUAUGAGAUGGUUCGAAAAUUUCAUAAUUUGGUUUGUGACAUUCAUGAAAGGUCUUUUCAGCUCAAGCCUCGCAUUCGACCCGAAGAUGUUACUCCAAAUUUUGCUGACCUGUGGAACCUCCAAGGUUCUGGUAAGGUUUUUGCAUGUCCGGAAGCUUGUGAACUAGAGCAAUGUCCAUAUGGCAGUACCUUCGCAAAGAGGGUGAAAGGAUGGUGGUCCCAACUGCAAUGGUUUGAGGGGCCGCCUACAAGUGCCCUAGAAAUGUAUAUGGAUUUCUGCUUCGAAACCAUGACUCAAGUCCCGGUGCGCAUCAACAAGGUGGGCUGGGUCUUGCGGGAACACAGUGUUGAAGCCGAUGUUUUCUCGCCCGUCAUCGGUUACAGCGCGGACUACGAACUGCUCCACUUUGUUUUCGACCUGUCAAUGUGGACAACCAUCGGCACCAAGAAGAACCUUGCAGCUCGCACCGGUGUGGCCCUGCGCCACCUCCUUAAGGGCUCCCCAUGGACACCGCAGUACUGGAGAGUCAGACACCACGCCGUGCUUGACAUGCAGCGGCAAUGCGGCAAUGCCACUUUGUUUCGCACUCGAGCUCCCUACGAGAGGUCUUUCCCGUACCAUGAAUGGGUCAUGCAUGAGCAGCGUGUUCUUGGCAGAGAGCGUCAGCAUCUAGCUGGGCCAGAGAUUUUGCACAUGGCUUGGGUGCUCUUUUCGCUGCCGGCAGCUGUUCGGCAAAAACGCCGGGAUCUCGAGGCAGCAGCCUUGGAUUUGCCGACUUCGAAGCAACCGUGUUUGGAAUGCCCCGGCCACAACCGAAAACGGCAAGCCAAGGUAUGCAACAUCAACUUCCUCAUCGAGCUGAUUGAUGCUCUGCCAGAGAAGAUCGAGAUGCCUGCACGGCAAUCACUGAUGGCGUUGACCGCCUUCGAGACGGCAAUCAGUGCUAGACGACAAACUCUACGGCAUGAGCGCAGCAGAUAUAGCGACUACAAGAAGAAGACCGACAAAGGGCCCGAGGCGAGCAAGGGUGCAGGGGCAAGGAAACCCUUCGGCAUCCCGAAAUACCAGCACUUCCCCAAGGCGUCACUUGCGCCGUACCCCGACGAAGAAGGCAACGCCCUCUGGCUCGGCGACAACGAAAGCCUGCAGGAGCUCCUGUCGCCCAGCAACAUCCUGGCGAGCCGCAGCCCCAAGAACAGCGAGAUGCUGGCGCGUCCUGGCAUGGCGAUCUCGCUGUCGGCCGCCGCCAUUCACGUCGGUGCAAAAGAACUCCUGGAAGGCAAAGGCGCCAAAGCCCUGGAGAAGAUGCCCCGUUUCUUCGAGACCAGCUCGGGCAAGGAACUGCUUAGCGCGGUCAAGACCCUCAACCUUGGCAAGUCAGGCUCGGCCUCCAGAAGCACCCUCAAAAAGGCCGUCAAGAAGUACAUCGACUUCAUGCAAGCAGACAACGCGGACCUACAGAAGGCACUGGUCAGAGUCGUCAACACAGCUUCCCGCACGUACUUGCUGGCAAUGCACCUCUUGGAGCAGAGGGCCUUCUUCCUCAAGACCGGCGGCUGGGCGAAGAAGUGGAAGCGAAGCGGCAAGGAGCCGUCGGAAAUCAAGGCUUGGCUCAAAGACCCGUCUAGAACCGACAAGCUCACGACGGCUCUGGUCGACAUGGUGCUCCAGAAGAUCAACACAAGCCGCAAAAAGGCCAAGGACACCGACACCGAUGACUUCGACAGUCCGGGCAGCAACCUAGACCAUGGUUCGUACCACUAA